CAUUCUUUAAAUAAUACAUCAAUUUCAGAAAUAUAUAAUGAAUUCAUUGACAUUUCUGGGCAUCAUACUCUUGGCAGCUUCGAGCAUGUCAAAUCCGCUCAGUAGCGACACCAAACUUUCUUGUAUCCUUGAAGGAUCAUCAAUUAGUGAAUUAAGUUCUAUCAAACAGUCUUGUACAAAUAUCACCAUUCAGGACUUGACCGUUCCCGCCGGUCAAACAUUAGAUUUAAGUGGAUUGAAAUCUGGAACAACUGUUACAUUCGACGGAGUAAUCGAUUUCGGAACAGAUGAUUGGCAGUAUGGUCUUAUAAUACUUGUUGGUGGGAACCUCAUUACAGUAAAUGGAGCACCUGGAAAUAGAAUUGACGGUGGGGGCUCCUCAUACAAUGGCGGGAAUGGUGAAAAGACCAAACCUAAACUUUUCAACGUAGAAAACUUCAAUAACUCGGUCAUUAAAAACCUUAACAUUUACGACUUCCCAGUGCAUGCCAUUUCAAUCGAUAGAUGCCAUAAUCUUACAGUAGAGAACGUCCUCAUGAAUAAUUCCAAAGUUGAUUUUGAUGAUGGUUACAACACUUCUGGAUUCGAUGUUGAUGAAUCUACCCAAAUUACACUUAGAAGAAGUGUAAUUUACAAUCAAGGUGACUGUGUCGCCAUCAAUUCUGGAAGUAACAUCCGUUUUGAAAACAACUACUGUGCCGGUGGACAUGGUGUUUCAGUUGGAUCCCUCGGUGGUCGUAGCAAUAACAUCAUAUCAGAUGUUGUCGUUAAGAACUGCGAAGUUGCCAACUCUGACAAUGGUAUCAGAAUUCAAACGGAAUAUGGAAAGACAGGAUCUGUCAGUGACAUUACCUUCGAAGAUAUUACACUCACCAACAUCAAAAAUUGUGGUAUUACUAUUCGUGAUGAAUAUAUCAACAAUGGAACCAAUGGAGUUGCUACUGACGGUGUUCCAAUCAAGAAGUUGACCGUUAAAAAUGUCCAUGGUACGAUAAAAUCUGGAGGGAUUAAGGUUAUGAUUUUAGUUAGAGGAGCAUCACAGUGGGAUUGGUCUGAUGUGAUUCUUGAUGGUGGACAAUCAGCAAGCGAUUGUUACGGAAUACCAAGUGGAUCCGGAGCGAUGUGUUAA